AAUCAACUCAGUCAAGUAUUCGAUGUCUCGAUAGUAAGAAGCAUGUAAAUAUCGUCAGGUACCCGAAUGCAAGUUCCCUCUCUCUGCACAUCGACCAAAAAGUAGGUCAUCCUAUAUAAAGACAAGUUCAAGGCGGAUUUAGCCUUCACUUCGAUCUUUAGAACGAUACCCUCGAACACUCGGAUCGAGUUGUGUUUUUGUUUUCCGUAUUAUUAAUUUUUUUUUCUUUCAUCUGGUUUUAUUUUCAGUUUUUUUUUUUUUUUUCACUUUGUUUCACACGAAUUUCGCGUUUCGCGAAAUAUUUGCUGGUUGUUUUCGACGCGCGAUUGUGUGUUGCUGGUUUUAUAGAUCUCGAAUGAAAUUUGAUUUUUUCACAUAUAUUCAAAAUGUAUAACAAACAAAAUAUAGGAUGGAUGUAUUUAUGUAUAUUAUCGAGUAGUGCAAUAUUACCAAUAUUAUGUUAUCCCAGUCUAACCGAAGUUUCCAAAGUACAACCUCACCUCGUAUUACCCGAAGGCAGAAAAUACGCAGAGAAACCAAAUGCCACCAAAAAAACUCAAACCAUCGAAGACAGACACGACUUGGAAGACAUUACAACUAAUCAAAUACAACAAGAUAAUGGUGGUUUCACGUGGGGUAGCAUGCUCAGUAUGAUCAUGCAAUUAUUCUUCAACCCACAACAAACCUCUGGUCCUAGUAAAUCAGAUGUCUUGGACAAUGAUCAAACUUCGUCAAAUUCCCCAUGGACUAAUUUAUUAUCAAUGGGAUUGAAGAUAUUAUCGGCCAUUUUGACCGGAAACGGCAACAAUAUUGGAAACGAUGGCAUCGAUAAAGUCGACCAUUCUGUUUCUAACCCAAUGCAGGGAAUUUUGACGACGGUUUUGUCCACGGUGCUGGGUACAAAGGACCAAGAACAGGUUUCCACAAUGGCUAAACAUGCCGGAGAAUUUAUCCAUAUCGUAAUGAACUUAUUAGAAGCCUUGAAAACCUCAUUCAGUCAAAGAUCAAUGAACGCUCGUUCGUUGGGCAAAAAAGAUACUAUCUCUGAAGCUGCCAUCGCCAGUAUUACUAUGUUUAAGGGUUAUAUGAGAAGCAUGAAGACCUCAAAUGAUGCUUGUAUGCAAAAAUACGUCUGUGAUGCGUACAGAGAAUGUGCCGAUGGAUUAAACUCACCUAGCUCCACCUAUUGUCAAUUGGGAACAUACGCCGCCAGCGCAGCCCUACACAGAAGCACGGGCAUGCCUUUCGAAAAAUUCAACUCAGCAGCUCGCGUAGGUAGAAGUGGCGAAGACUGCAGAAAAUUCUAUCUAACUUGUGACGAAGCAUAAGUAAUUAGAUCCAUUUAGUCAUACCGAAUAUUAUCAAUCAUUGCCGAAAUUUUGGGCGGGCAAGUCGAAGAUCUGAGACAAUCGUGAAGAAAUCCUCUCAAAACACAUUACAACAUCGAGCUUGCCUUGUAAAUUAUGUACAUUGGUCCCUUUUUUUCUAAUACCGUUGCUUUUUUUGUUUCAUUUCUUCCUGUUCUUUUUUUUUGUAAACUACCUAUUUAAUGACGAAUUAUUAUACGAAUUGUGAUGCUAUAUAAAAACCCAACAACAACAAAAAAGCAAGUAUCGAUGGCCGAGUCGAAAAAAAAAUCAAAUUGCAAAAUUCAAAUGGAAAUAAGAGCUUUAUAUUUUAUUUCUAUUUGAAUUCGUCGAUCAAAUUGGGCCAUUUUUUUCGUCGUAGGCAUAUCCCACCAUCUUAUGAAAGCCAUCAUAGAACAAAAUGAAGCUUCUUAAUUUAUUUUAUUUAUUAAUUAUUUAUUUUUUCUGUGUUAUAGUCGCUAAUUUUUUCACAAAAAAUCGAUUUAAAAAAAAAACAUUUAGUAUUAAGAAUUAAUAUUUUGUAGCGAAAAUUAUUUUUUUUUUGAAUUCCUUUUUUUUCAUCUUUCUUUAGUUUUAAAUAAAUGGCAUUUUCGUGUACCAGCUGACAAUUCACUGCCAAAAAUUUUAUUGCAUUUUUGUUUUUAUGUUUAGUAUUACGUAUUUUUUUUUCUCUAUAAUUUAGGUUCAGUUCAAUACUUUCAUCGUCGUAAUUGCUUUACAAAUUAUUACUUUUUUUUUUUUUGUUAUGUUUUGAAGAACUUUCAAAAAAAAUAUGAAACUCGAGUGUGUCGAGAACACCGCAUCACGGAGUAUUUUUUAAGAUUAUUUAUUUUUGUUUUUAUUUUAAAUUAUUUAUUUAUUCUUAUAUUUUGUAAAAAGCUGUGAACGAAUAAAUAUUUACAAAAAUUUA